AUGGUGUCGAUCCAGUUCUUGCUCUGUUGCAGUCUCGUCGCCAUCCUUCUUGCUCUCCCCGCCGGGGCCGAGGACCCCUACAAGUUUUUCACCUGGAAUGUCACCUACGGGGACAUUUGGCCGCUCGGCGUCAAGCAGCAGGUGUGGCUCUCUUGAAUCGCGUUGUUCCUCGUCGUCUUCUUCUUCUUUUCUUUUCUGUUUCUAAUCUCCUUGACGGAAUCUCGGGACGUGUUCUUGGAUGCGUGGUGGCGCCGGGGGCAGGGGAUACUGAUCAAUGGGCAGUUCCCGGGGCCGCAGAUCGAUGCCGUGACCAACGACAACCUCAUCAUCAACGUCUUCAACAGCUUGGGAGAGCCCUUCCUCAUCUCCUGGUCAGUGCUUCUUCCUUCCCCGCUUCGUCAAUGUAGCAUUGCAGGAGCCGCUAAUUCGCGAAUGGCACCCCGCCUGAUCCGUCUUCCCCAGCUCCAAUCAUCGAGAGAAACCGGCGCACCACCUUUUCCACUUGCUCCAUCACUCCAAGGCCUCUUCCUUCUCUCCGGGAUUCCCUCCGCGAGAUUCAUGAAUUGGAGAAAUGCCUUCUUUCUCCAUUGCUGCAUCGAGUAGAUUCACAAGUAGUUGUUGGCGUACGCCAUUAAAAGACCAAAAUUAUUUAUUUGGUACUGCUAGCUGUAACUCGGGAUACGUAUCUUUGACCUCCGGCCCGAGAGAAUCUAAAGAUGGGCGAUGAGUUACAGCGACGAUGGGCUCUUUGCUGUGGAUUCGGAGCAGUAUCGACCAUUUUCUAAGAAUGAUAAAAUAUCAUCCAAUCACACUAUUCCACAAGAGUGAUCUUCAUGACCCAAUGGCUGCUUUGGUUGUUCGUUUCUGGUGCAGGAAUGGUAUCCAGCAGAGGAGAAACUCGUGGCAGGAUGGGGUUUAUGGCACUACUUGCCCCAUCCCGCCAGGAAGGAACUUCACCUACGUGCUGCAAGUCAAGGAUCAGAUUGGAAGCUACUACUACUUCCCCUCGCUGGCCUUCCACAAGGCAGCGGGGGCCUUCGGGGGCAUCAGGAUUCUUAGCCGCCCGAUGAUCCCCGUCCCCUUCCCUCCGCCUGCCGGGGAUUUCACCGUUCUGGCCGGGGACUGGUUCAAGGCCAAUCACACUGUAAAGUUCUCUGCCAAGCGUUGUUCAUUCAUUGUUGUUUUCUCCGUGUUAUUUUCGUGCCUCAUACAUAUUUUCGACUCAUUUAAUCACAAAUAAUAUGAAAUGUAUUUUUGUUUUCCAUUCAUUUAAUAAAAAAUAAUGUGAAAUGGAAUAUUCUUAGUGCCCAUUUUUAUUUUUAUUUUCACCAAAUCGGGAGCCGUUGACUUACUGAUGCUUUCCUCCUAAUAGUCCUUGAAGGCGAUUUUGGAUAGCGGGAGAAAUCUUCCCUACCCCGAUGGGCUUCUCAUCAAUGGACGCGGAUGGAACGGCAACACAUUCACAGUUGACCAAGGUAAUUAAUUUGCCGAUCCGAGAAUCAUUACGACCGCAGACUUUCGAACGUAAUGGGUUGACGCCAAUCAGUACUGCCACCCAACCAUGUAGCUCUGUGGGUCGGAGAAUAUUCGCAGAGCAGCAUAGGCUGUUCCAGUUGGCCCACAUUUGAAGAAUUCUAUAAUUUCUAUAAAUAUCUUGGUCACAGUUUUGCCUCUUUUUUUAUUUAUUUUCCAGGUAGAACGUACAGGUUUAGAAUAUCCAACGUGGGGUUGACCCAGUCCAUAAAUAUCAGAUUCGAAGGGCAUAGUAUGAAGCUUGUGGAGGUUGAGGGGUCCCACACACUCCAGAACACCUACUCCUCCCUCGAUGUCCACCUGGGUCAGUCCUACUCGGUUCUUGUGACCGCUGACCAGCCGGUACGCGACUACUACAUCGUGGUUUCCAGCAGGUUCAGCACCCCGGUGCUCACAACCACAGCGGUGCUGCACUACAGUGGGUCUUCUAGUGCCGUUAAAGGCGUACCCCCAGGUGGGCCCACAAUCCAGAUCGAUUAUUCACUCAACCAGGCUCGUUCUAUCAGGUAGGAUCACCCACCCUCCCCUCCCCCCCUCUCUCUCUCUCUCUCCUCUCUCUCUCUCUCUCUCUCCUCUCUCUCUCUCUCUCUCUCUCUCUCUCUCUCUCUCUCUCUCUCUCCUCUCUCUCUCUCUCUCUCCCCUCUCUCUCUCUCUCUCUCUCUCUCUCCCCUCUCUCUCUCUCUCUCUCUCCCCUCUCUCUCUCUCUCUCUCUCCUCUCUCUCUCUCUCUCUCUCUUUCUCUCUCUCUCUGUCUCUCUCUCUCUUUCUCUCUCUCUGUCUCUCUCUCUCUUUCUCUCUCUCUGUCUCGUUCUCGCUCUUUCUUUCUGUGUCUGUCUGUCGUUCAACCCUUCUCUGAAUUUACCCUUUGAUAAAAAGAAAUUCUAUGUUUUUUGAUCAGCGGGGCGUUCUCGUGUGAACCCAUUCCUCGGAUUUCUAUAUAAUCGUUUCUAUCGGACAGCUUUCUUCAAUUGUUCUAGUGUGAAGAACACAUUCUGUCAGUAUUUGCACUCGUGAUAAAAACUAUUUCGAUGUUCUCGUGUGAACCCAUUCAUCGGAUUUUUGUACAAUCUUCUCUUCAACAGCGUUCUUCAAUUGCCUAGAUACUGAAUGAAUGUGCUAUUGCUCAUCUUGUUCUUUCUUUCCGCAAACUAGAUGGAACCUGACGGCGAGCGGCCCGAGGCCCAAUCCCCAGGGUUCCUAUCACUACGGGAUGAUCAACACCACCCGGACCAUCCGCCUGGCGAACUCUGCGCCGGUGAUCAACGGGAAGCAAAGAUACGCCGUGAACAGCGUGUCAUUCGUCCCCGCGGAUACUCCGCUGAAGAUUGCAGAUUUCUAUAAGAUUCCUGGGGUUUUCAGCCUCGGGAGCAUCCCUGAUAACCCGACGUUCGGAGGUGGCUAUCUGCAGACCUCCGUCAUGGCGGCCAAUUUCCGAAACUAUGUGGAGAUCGUCUUCGAGAACUACGAGAACACGGUGCAGUCGUGGCAUAUCGACGGCUACGCCUUCUUCGUCGUCGGGUAACUCGCUCACUCUCAGAGCACUUCAGCUCAGCCCCUCCUUUUUUUCUUCUAUUCAUUCCCCUUCAUCUUCUCCAGUUCUGUACGCAUGGAAAUCUGAAUAAUAUGGCAAUUCAGGAUGGACGGGGGACAGUGGUCGUCCGCGAGCAGGAAGGGGUACAAUCUGAGGGACACUGUCGCUCGAAGCACGGUUCAGGUAAAGGAGGAAAUUACUCCCACCCUCCACCUCCUAUCGACUUCACAUCAUACGCUGCCAUUAGAGGAGGAGGAAGAAGAAGAAGAAGAGGAAGAAGCUGAUGAUGGUGGCGAUGGGAUUGCAGGUGUAUCCGAAUUCGUGGACGGCGAUCUACAUGGCGCUGGACAACGUGGGGAUGUGGAACAUACGGUCGGAGAACUGGGCGCGGCAGUACCUGGGGCAGCAGUUCUACCUGCGUGUCUUCUCCCCGGCCAACUCCUGGAGGGACGAGUACCCCAUCCCCAGGAACGCCCUCCUCUGCGGGCGCGCCAAGGGCCGCCGGACCAGGCCCCUCUGA